CUAACUGUUUUAUUUUGUAUACUGUCUGGCAGCCGGCAACUCCUGCAGAAAUGUCAGUUUUUCCAUUCUCACAGGGCACAGCCAAUGGCACUGGAACAAGUUUUCUCGGACCGUGAUAGUGAAGAUGAAGUUGAUGAUGACAUCGCCGAUUUUGAAGAUAAACGGAUGCUUGAGGAUUUUGUUGACGUCACAGACCAUGAGAAACUUAUUAUGCAUAUGUGGAAUUCAUUUGUUCGGAAACAAAGGGUGCUAGCUGAUGGUCAUAUUCCUUGGGCCUGUGAGGCAUUCUCCCGGCUUCAUGGAAAACAUCUUGUACAGAAUCCUCCUCUACUAUGGAGCUGGCGUUUCCUUAUGAUUAAACUCUGGAACCACAGUCUAUUAGAUGCCCGCACCAUGAAUGUCUGCGGCACAAUUCUUCAAGGCUACCAAAAUGAAAGCUCGGACCCCAAGAAAAUGUGAGUCGAGCAUAGUGCGUUCAUUAUAAUUUAAAUCAAGUGGGUGUUUGGAGAAGGCCUUAGGAGCAGGUUAAAGAGAGGUGAAAGCUGCACCUGAGGCCAUGGAGGACUAUUCUCGAUUCUAUUUACCGAACGGAUUGUUGUUGUUGUUGUGUUUACAUGGAUUGUUGUUGUUCGUCAUGUUCUGUUCCAUGGAUAAGCGUCUUUAGUGUCGCAGAACUUGCCGUAUGGUCUGCAAACUUGAAUCAGUGUUCCUUGCUGCAAUAAAACCUAUCUAAAAUUA